AUGACCAUGAAAGGCGCCAAGACCGACGCGGAAUGGUUCUCCCCCGAGGAACUGGCGGCUGCACGGGAGGAAUAUCUGGAGGAACAGGAGAAGGAGCAGCCGUCGCCUCAGGUCAAACUGCGCUAUGCCAUUGCACUGGCAAAAAGCCGCAAGUGUGACGAUAAAUACCGCGCAAUCGGAUUACUGGAAGAUCUGCUGGAGCAGAACUAUUCCCCCAAGGAGAGUUUGUACUGGAUCGCACUGACGCUAUGUGGGCUUGGAGAGUACCGUGCCAGUCGCAGCUACUGCGAGCGCUUACUCCGCAUGGAGCCGUCACACAUGAAAGCACAGUUGCUUCACAAAAGAAUCAAAGAAGUCGUGGCAAGAGAAGAUGGUGUGGUAGGCGUGGGCAUCGUUGGGGCUGUAGUCGUUGCAGGGCUGGCACUCAAGUUUUUGCUCAAGAGAUAA